AUGGUCUCCUUCAAGACUUUGCUCUCACUCGCUCCGGCAGCCAGUCUCACCUUGGCCGCGCCCUCAUGGCCUCCAAAGCCUGGCUGCGGAGAUCUGGAUAUCAUUUUCACUGGCCUACCACCAUACCAUCCCCUGGUCACGGCGCAGGGCUUCGACCCGGCAGCCGUUGAUGCCGCGCUACGAGGGGACGCCGCCGAUAUCGUCAAAGCCGGGUAUAACUUGCGAGUCGUGUUGAUGGGCCCCGAGCAGCCCUUGAGCGUGUUGUCAGGCCAAAUGGACGGCAUCAAUUGGGACGGUACGGGCGUUGGGUACGGCGUCAGGGGUUCGCGUUUGGAGAAUCUCACGCUCAGAUUCACUGAUACAAUCGACUUGUACCGACACAAGGCGCCAUUCGUUCCGAUCGUGUUCGAUCACAGUCCCGACUCGGCGCUUUGGGCGAUUCAGCAAAAGUGGCCGCUCUCGACCAACUGUUCCAAUUCGCCGGGGAAAGAUCUUGGUUUCGAGAUUUUCUGCGACAUAUGCCCUCAGUGA